AUGGACAAUGUACAGGACAAAACCGUGAUGAUCACCGGUGGAGCCGGCGGUCUGGGCAGCGAAUUCGUCAAGAUAAUACUGGAGCACGGCGCGAGAAAAGUUGCUGUUGUGGACUUGCCAAUGCCACAGGUUCGGGAAAAAGUUGCCGAAUUCGAGAACAAAUAUGGUAAAAACCGUAUCGCCUUUUUCGCCUGCGACAUAACGAAGGUCAAGGAGUACGAGCAGACGUUCAAGAAGAUCGUAGACUCAUUCGACUAUCUCGACACCCUCGUGAACAACGCUGGGAUGCUGGACGACAACAAGCUGGAGCAAUAA